CUUGCUCAUCCCUAUCCUUUUCAUCAACAACAUCCAAAUCCAUCCAUGGCGCUAAUACCAAGCUUCUUCGGUGGCCGACGAAGCACCAUCUUCGACCCAUUUUCUCUAGACAUUUGGGACCCCUUCGAGGGUCUCUCUUCCUCUGGCACUCGCGACGUCUCUGCCUUGGCGAACAUUCGUGUGGACUGGAGAGAGACUCCGGAGGCUCACAUCAUUCAGGCUGAUCUUCCAGGACUCAGGAAAGAGGAAGUGAAGGUCGAGAUCGAAGAUGGGCGAGUUCUAAAAAUCAGUGGAGAGAAAGUGAGAGAAGAAGAAGAGAAGGCCGACACGUGGCACCGAGUUGAGAGGACCGUUGGCAAGUUUGUUCGACGGUUCAGGUUGCCGGAGAAUGCAAAGCUUGAUGAAGUUAAGGCUACCAUGGAGAAUGGUGUGCUUACUGUGAUCGUGCCAAAAGAACAAGAGAGGCAGCCUGAGACCAAGUCCAUUGAGGUCACUGGUUAA